CAGGAGCGGGAGACGCAGCCCCGGCACCCAUGACCGUGACUCUCCAGGCGCUGCCUGUGAUUCUCGGCGCCCUCGUUUAUCGAGCGCCUCCCGAGGCCCGGCCCUGGCCUGCAGCCCGGCAGUGAUAGGCUCAGUCUCUCCCUGAUGUAUCAGCUGACGAUACAUCAUCCUUAUAGCCCGCGACUCCUCAAAGUUGUGACAGAGGAGCUCGUAGAAUAGGGAGAUAGUCCUGGGGUUCUGGCCGCGCUGGUAAAUGGACUCUUACCGGCUGGUUGAAGGGAGGGAGGAUUGAAUCAGGGGAACUGCCUGUCCGAGAGGGCGCGCCGGGGCGGGAGCGUGGUCGGGGAGACGUGCGCUGGGAAGCCGAAGAGGGAGGAAGGGCCCAGAUCACAGAGUUUGGAACGCCGUGACGUAAAGGGCCUUUUUCAUAAGAGCAGCAGGGGAAAAAAAAGCAGAAGGAUAGGAUUUGGUUUAUAUUUUGAAAAGAUCACUUUGACUCCCAGGUGGAGGUUGGAUGAUAGGAGGGCAGGAAUUGUGUGGCGACCACUUCUAGGUCACACCUGUAGAUGAGAGAUGGUGGCCUACGGUGGUGGGUAUGGGAGAGAAUUGGACUCGUCAAAAUGAUAUUUAAAAAUUGACAAGACUUUUGGAUUAGAUACAGGGUUUGAGUGAGAGAAUCCUGCUUAUCGAUGAAAUGCAGUUAACACAUCAGCUGGACCUAUUUCCCGAAUACAGGGUGACCCUUCUGUUAUUUAAAGAUGUAAAAAAUGCUGGAGACUUGAGAAAAAAGGCCAUGGAAGGUGCCAUUGAUGGCUCGCUAAUAAACCCUACAGUGAUUGUUGAUCCAUUUCAGAUACUUGUGGCAGCAAAUAAAGCAGUUCACCUCUACAAACUGGGAAAAAUGAAGACAAGAACUCUAUCUACUGAAAUUAUUUUCAACCUUUCCCCAAAUAACAAUAUUUCAGAGGCCUUGAAAAAAUUUGGUAUCUCGGCUCAUGACACUUCAAUUCUGAUUGCUUAUAUUGAAGAGGGAGAAAAACAAAUAAAUCAAGAAUACCUAAUAUCUCAGGUAGAAGGUCAUCAAGUUUCUCUGAAAAAUCUCCCUGAAAUAACAAAUAUUACAGAAGUCAAAAAGAUAUAUAAACUAUCUUCACAAGAAGAAAGUAUUGGGACAUUAUUGGAUGGUAUCAUUUGUAGAAUGUCAACAAAAGAUGUUUUGUGAAAUGACAGAAAUAUUAAGAAUUUUCAGCAAUUAUAAAAAACAUUCAUUAUUUUUCCCGGAUUAUAAAAUGUAUUAUGUUUGUGAUAUAAAUUUUAAAACACAGAAUAGUAACAAAGGAAAAAAAAAAAAAAAACACUCCUGGUCCGGUCUCUUAAUAUUUUAAAAGAUAACCAUGAUUGCUAUAUUUGUUAGUGUCUGCUAAUCUAUUUCUGUUCAAAUAUAUUUUAUUUUUAUAUAAUCGGAAUAAUUCUAAAUAUUUAUUGGAUGUCUACAGUGUACUAGGUUCUUGUCUUAAUGAGUCAUAUUCCUGCACUUACUUCUGGCUACUGCAGCAUUCCUAGCCUCCUGGUUCCAAGUUUUUACAUGCAAGAAUUCAUUUAAUUAUCAUAGCAUCAUAUGAAGUAGAUACUGUUAUUACUCCCAUUUUACACAAAGGCAACUAAAAGUUUGUAGAAAUAAUAAAUAACUUGCCCAAGGUCAUACAUCAUGUUUUAUA